AGUUAAAUCAAAUUUUUUGCAAAAUAAAUUCCAACAUUGGAAUCUAAUGACAAUCUGUUUUUAUCAUGAAUAUCUUUUGUUUCAUAUUUGUUCGAAGCAUAUGCAAACGAUUCACCGAAUGAUUAAUGGCCUUUCGCAGUGUUUAUGAUUAUUUUGCAAAUUCCUCAUAAUCCUUUUAUCAACCUUUAAUCCAUUUAUCUUGUAUCAUUUCUUUGUGAUUGUUUGUUGCUAUCCUUUGAAUAACCCUGCGAAUUCAAAAUUUCAUCUUCUGUCUUUACUUCAGUCCAAAACACGCAACAGGUUUGCAUAAACUUGUUUAAAAUUAUAACAACAUGGCCUCCUAUGGGGAAAAUGUUUUAAGCUAUCAUGACACCUUGCUGAGACAAACUGAUGUUGGUACUCUAGAACCGGGAAAAUGGGUUAAUGAUAACAUUAUCAGUUUCUGGUUUGAAUAUCUGGAACACGAAGUUUACUCUGAUUAUGAGCCUUUUAUCAAAUUUAUUCCCCCUGAUGUCGCUCAGUUUAUUAAAUCUGCUGCUGAAAUUCCGUCUCAAGUUUCCGAUGUUUCAUCUGUUUUGGAAUCAAUGAAUUUAUCAAAGAAACAACUUAUUCUUAUUCCUAUCAAUGAUUCACCAACCGAUGCAAUUACCACCAGUGGAACUCAUUGGACAUUAGCAACUUUUACAACUGAAAAUGGCACCUUUGAACAUUAUGAUUCUUUUGCAGGAAGUGUUAAUCAUCUUCAUGCACAAGCUAUUUUUCAUGUACUUUCACCAAUUUUAAUACCUGAUCGUGCCAGCGAUAUUGAACUUGAUUUUUGUGAAGUUGCCUGUACUCAGCAAAGAAAUAAUUCUGACUGUGGAAUCCAUUUGAUUUGUAAUGCCGAUGCAGUUUGUAAAAAAUAUUUUCUUGGUGAUGAAAGGCCUGUGUCAGAGAUUGUUUCCAUUGAUGUUAUAAACAAAACAAGAAAUGAACUAAAGACUUUGAUUAGUAAAAUUAGACAACGAAGGUAAAACUUUCAACGAUUACUUCGAUACUUGGACUAUCAAAUGAAACUCAAAGAUAAUUAAAUCAUGGUCAAUAAAAUUAAGCAUUAUUUUGUUUA